AUGUUGCCCCAUUCACAAUAUUCAUCAGAAUCAAAACAACAACAUCAACUACAACAUCAACCUGAACAUAUACUACAGUAUUCUCAACCACUACAAAACUCACAAUUGGAGAACCUGUCUCAACUACAGUCACAGUUACAGUCACAAUCACAGUCACAAUCACAAAGUCUACAAACGGAGAAGCACCAACCACCAUCUAGUAAUCCUACUCUAACGCAGCAACCUGUACAAUUUUCUCCACAACAGCAACACCACCUAAAUCAGUCGCUGCAGAACCAAUUCACGAAUCAACUAGCAACCAACGUCCAUCCUCAACAACGACAACAACAACAACAACAACAACGACAAUUGACAAAUUCCUUUCGGCCGCCUAAAUCAACUUCACAAACGUUUACAGCACAACAAACAUUUUACCACCCGUUACAGUAUCAACAGCAAAUGCCACCCUCUAAUAGUCAGCGCCAAUCACAACCCCUGCAACAACAACAACAACAACAACCGCCGCAACAGCAACAGCAGCAUCAACAACAACAGCAACAGCAGCAUCAACAACAACACCAACAAUACUUCCAACACAUGCAGCAACCUCAAACACUGUUUUAUGACACCAGCAAUUACAUGUACCUGGCUAUUCCAUUAAGCUAUCAACCACGCCCACAAUUGACUUUCCAGCAACAGCAACAACAACCUCUUCCACCACAACAACUACAACAGCAACCACUACCAGCACAACAACAACAACAACAACCUCUUCAUCAACAAGAAUACUAUAUCCCUACCAAAAACACAUCGGCAUCGGCACCGGCAGCAGCACUGAUACCAGCACCAUCGUCAUCAUCACCAUCUUCUUCUUCCUCAACCCACCCAAAGGAACGUAAACUGAAAGCCGCUACCAGUCCAACUGAAACAACCCAUGAAUUAGUAAUCUACCCAAAUUUUCCAGAACGGUUGCAAAAUAUCCUUCCCCACCCACCAUUAGCCAAAGCACCAGUUCGUCCCGAUAUAACAGUUUCUUCAACUGCUAAAAGAGCCAAACGUAAAUCAAAAUUCACCCCUGAACAAGAUGAUUUAAUUGUAAGUUUGAAAAGAAAGGGGAAAAGUUGGGUAGAGAUUGCCGAAAUCACUGGCGUUGGAUCUUACUUAACUGCUAGAAAUAGAUACCAGGUCAUUGUUGGACAACAGGGCAACAACAAUUCGAGUGCAUGGGAUAAUAAUGAUAAGAUAUUUUUACGAAAUUUAUUAGAUCCUGCUGAAUUUGAAAAAUGGAGAUAUAUUGCCUCGGAAUUAAAUAAAUCAACUGAUAAGAAUUUUACUGAUUUUGAAGUAAGGGAAAUGGUUCGGGUAUUAUUUUGGCUGAAUCCUGCUAGUUUUGGAGUUAGUGAAGAACUGAUUAAAGAAGCUUUAAAGGAAAAGAAACAAACUGAUAAAACUAUCGAACAAAGAGAACAACAACGUAAAAAGAAGAUGAGUAAUGUUAUUGGAGUUAGUGGUAAUAAUACAGGCAGUGGUGAUAGUGGUGUCAAUACUCGUGGAAGUUCCACUGGAGCUGCAACUGGGAGCAGUGCUGGUGGUGGGGGACAUGAUACAACUGGUGCUAGCAAUGCUGAUCAAACGAAUCAUCAUCAAUAUCACAAUGAACAAUCACAGAAUCAACAAUCUUCAAGCAACAUCUACGCCAAGCCGUAUUGA